GAGCAUGCUGGUCCUCCGCUGUCAUGGCUGCGAACAUAAACAGACAGCCGUGAGCGUCUCUCUUUCUCCGAGUUCACUGAAAGCAGCCGCGGCUAGAUUCUGUCUGUCCAGCCGGGAAAGAAACCGCAGGCCGUGAGAUGUCCGGGGGGAACAAGGCCGUGGAGCUGCAGCUCCAGAUGAGGCAGAACGCGGACGAUCUGCAGAGUUUCAUGCGGGAGCUGGAGAGCUGGGAGGCGGACAUGAAGAAGAAGGACGAGGAGCUGAGGACAGGAGGGGACCAGGAGGCUCAGAAAAGUCUCCCUCCUGUGCGCAACAAAGACUACAAAACAAAGAUGAGGAAGAAGAAGAAGAAGAAGGAGCCGACUGGCAACGGCGAGUCGAGAGCAGAGGAGGACAGUCAAGCAUCCAGGAUCAAAGCGUUCGACUACCGGUCCUGGGACAAGUUUGAUGUGGACAAGGCUCUGGCAGAAAUGGAUAAAGAGGAAUGUCAUGCGGAAUCGAACGAGUCGGACUCGGAGGACGCUGCGGUGGAUCAGGAGAAGGCUCUGGCCCAGAAGGAAAAGGGGAACGCGCUUUUUAAAGAAGGAAAGUACGACGAUGCGAUCGAGUGCUACACCAGAGGGAUGGCUGCGGAUCCCUACAACCCCGUGCUGCCCACAAACCGAGCCGCCGCCUUCUACAGGCUCAGGAAGUUCUCCGUGGCCGAGUCGGACUGCAACCUGGCGAUCGCGCUGGACAGCCGCUACGUCAAGGCGUUCGCCCGGAGAGCGGCGGCCCGCUUCGCUCUGCAGAAAUACGAGUCUGCGUUAGAAGACUACGAGGCGGUUCUCAGGCUGGACCCUGGAAACCUGGAGGCUCCCAUCGAAAUGAGGAAAAUCAGAGAGGCCCUGGGACAGAAGGAGGCGGCCGUCCCGGGCCAAUCCGGGCAGGGGGGCGGGGCUACUGAGGAGGAGCAGGAGGACCAGGAGGACCAGGAGCAGGAGGAGCAGCGGAGGCGACAGCAGGCCGCCGUCCAGAAGGACAGAGGAAACGCCUACUUCAAAGAGGGGCGGUACGAGGCGGCGGUGGAGUGCUACAGCGCCGGCAUGGCGGCGGACGCCACCAACGUCCUGCUGCCGGCCAACCGGGCCAUGGCCUUCCUGAAGCUGGAGAGGUACGAGGAGGCCGAGCGGGACUGCUCCGCCGCCAUCGCCCUGGACAGCAGCUACUCCAAAGCCUUCGCCCGGAGGGGCUCGGCCAGAGCGGCGCUGGGGAGGCUGCAGGACGCCCGGCGAGACUUCCAGGAGGUUCUGAGGCUGGAGCCGGGGAACAAGCAGGCGCUGAACGAGCUGCAGAAGCUCCAGAUCAGCGCCGGCGCCGGCCGCCUCCUGCAGGCGGAGUCCGGCUGCCCGAGGAGGACGGUGCAGCCGGUGGACAAGCCGCCUCGGCAGCGCUCAGCCAAACCUCUGAGGAGGAUCAGCAUCCAGGAAGUCAGCGGGGAGCCGCCGGCAGCCCCGGAGCCGGGCCCGGACCCGGACCCGGGCCGGACCGGGUCCCUCAUCCAGGACGUGACGGGCGAGACGGAGGACGGAUCCUCGUCUCCCAGCGCCAAGAUGAUCAAGACGGAGGAGACGGAGGACGGCCCUGCUCAGACCGCCGGCCUGCGGAUCCAGCCGUCGGCUCAGGAGGAUCCGGUUGGAGGUCUGGACCCGCCCCCCCUCCCCCCGCCUCCCACCAACAGCCUCCAGCUGGAGGCCGACCUCCGCCGGCUGAGAGGUCACCCGGAGGCGGUGUACCGGUACCUGAGGCGAAUCGAUCCCGAGGCGUUCUCCGGGAUCUUCCACAGCUCCCUGGAGGCCGACCUGCUCAGCCUGAUCCUGAACACGCUGCACGGCUUCUACAGGAAGUCCGAGUCCCCGGCCGUCACGCUGCGGACCCUCGGCGGUCUGUCCCGCGUCCGGCGCUUCGACAUGGCCGUCAUGUUCCUGUCGUCCGCCGAGAAGAAAGUGAUCGCCGAGCUGUUCGACUUCCUGCGCCGCUCCGACCUGGACGGCUCGGCCGUCGCCGCGCUGCAGAGGAAGUACGGCGUGUGACGCUGCGGCGCUCAGAGGAACACCGACCGACGGCAGCCGAACGCUUCAGCCAUGUUCCUGAUGCUUCUUUAAGUGACUCGUUGCACCAUCUUGUGGCUCAAACCGGUAUUGCAUCACUUCACCGACAGCCUUCCAGAAAACCACGAGGAAACAUUGAUUCCACCAAAAACAAAGACAGAAGAGAUUAACUGGCGUCUGUGACUUUGUGGCUGGAACUCUCUGAGUGUGUGUGAAGCGGUGAGACCGGUGGACAGUCCCGUCCUCGUCCCGUCCUCGCUCUGUCCCCGAGGCGUCUCGCCGUCAGUCUGGACACGGCUCUGCUAAUAAAGCUGCGUUUUCUAACAGUCUGCUGGAUGAUAUGGAUGUUGGAGGGAGAACAAUGGGUGGAUUAAAUAAUCUGGCACACACACACACACACACAUAAAUAAAUAAUGAC